UAAAGGCGCAUAUGGAUUCAGUGGUAAGAGAAGAAAAAAAGAGUGACUUGAUGGAGCUUGUAAUUCUUGUCCCAUGUUGUUUCUUCCUCGUAGCUUUACUAAAGUUCCUUUAUGAUUACCUGUGGGUACCUCUCCGUAUACAGCGUAUGAUGAAUUCACAGGGAAUCAAAGGACCUCCUUACAGAUUCAUCCAUGGAAACAGCAAGGAAGUUGCCAGAAUGGAACAAGAAGCAUUAAGCAAACGUAUGGCCUUAACAGAUGAUAUAUUUCCCAAAGUACUGCCACAUUUUUACACCUGGAUCAACAGAUAUGGGAGGAAUUUUGUUUAUUGGAACGGUGCGCGACCUGAAUUGGUGAUUUCAGAGCCUGAAUUAAUCAAAGAGGUUCUGCAAACUAGUGAAAAAAAAAUUCAAGAAAAGAGCCUUUCAGAUAUUGGUAAGGAGUUCCUGGGGAAUGGGCUUCUAUUCAUUGCGGGGGAAAAAUGGGCAAAGCAUCGAAAGCUAGCCAAUCACGCUUUCCAUGGGGAAAGCCUUAAGAACAUGACUCCAGCAAUAAUUGCUAGCGUUGAAACAAUGCUAGAAAAGUGGAAAGGUCAAGAAGGCAGAGAGAUUGAAGUGUUGAAAGAAUUUAGGUUAUUGACUUCAGAAGUGAUUUCCAGAACAGCUUUUGGUAGCAGUUACUUAGAAGGGGAGAAGAUUUUUGCCAUGUUACAGAAGUUGACAAUAAUUAUGAGUCGAAAUCUUUUUAAGACUAGAAUUCCUUUGAUCAGCAAGUUGUGGAAAUCUUCUGAUUUGCUAGAGUCUGAAAAACUUUCAAAAGAAAUAAAAGAUCGUGUGAUGAAGAUUGUUAAGAAAAGAGAAGACGAAGCUGUGAAUGGAGAAGUCAAUAGCUUUGGCAAUGAUUUUCUUGGAUUACUUGUAAAUGCCUAUCAUGAUUCGGACGAGAAAAACAGGUUUUCAUUGGAAGACUUGUUAGCUGAAUGCAAAACAUUCUAUUUUUCUGGACAAGAAACUGUUAAUUCCUUACUUUCAUGGAUAGUCUUGCAUUUGGCAAUCCACGGAGAUUGGCAAGAAAAAGCGAGAAGAGAGGUGAUUGACAUAUUUGGUAACCAAAAUCCGCAUCUCGAAGGCGUCGCCAAACUCAAAAUAACGACCAUGAUCAUCAAUGAAACUCUAAGAUUGUAUGGUCCAUCAAAUGGCCUGGCAAGAGCAGUUACAAGAGAAGUUCAGUUGGGAAAGCUACUCUUGCCUGCUAAUAUAAGUAUUCUGCCUUUAUAUAUUGGAAUUCACCAUGACCCUCACUUUUGGGGAGAUGAUGUGCAUCAUUUUAAACCCGAGAGAUUCGCUGAAGGGAUUGCGAAAGCUACCAAUUAUACCGCGGCUGCAUUUCUUCCCUUCGGGUUGGGACCUCGAUCUUGUGUUGGUAUGACAUUUGCAACAAUAGAAACCAAGAUUGUUCUCUCCAUGAUUCUACAACGUUACACCAUUACCCUCUCCCCUGCCUAUAUCCACUCUCCGAUAUCCAUUCUCAGCAUUAGACCACAACAUGAAAUUCAGGUGAUACUUGAACCACUGCAUCAUAAUGCUUGAAGUACAUAGCUGUUAAGAACUAAGGGUUUAACGUGGUUCAUGUAUUUUAGGUUUAAGAGAUGACAUUUAAUAUGUUUAAGGUUCCAGCAUUUGCAUCCCCUUCCCUAUCCUAAGCUAUACCCACCUUUAUACAUAAUGAAAUUCAAGUAGCUACUGAUUUCCAAGAUGGUAAAACGCAAUCAAUAAAGAAGAAUAUGUUGAGGCAAGUUUCGGGAACAGUGACUUGAAAACUGACAACUGCACUCGGCACGUGUUCCUUAUUUGUUAGCAUGUUUAAAAUAAAUAUUUUAAUUAUUUGCUUGCAUCUUUUUAAAGAUUUUGUACAUUCUUAAACUAAUGGUUAUACUAAGGCUUGUUAGCGGUUUAAA